UUUAAAGUUCUCCAACACCAAACAUGAAGAUUGUCACGGAGUGUUCCAAUAUCACACGUUCAUUCUGUAACUUGACAAAAGAGUUUACAGAUCCCAAUGAGUCAUACAAGAUUAUAGUGGAGCCGGUCACAGAAAAUGGAGUAAAUUCUUCAGCUAUCUAUUUCAAUCCAUAUUUUGACACAUGCAUAAAAUCACCCCGGUUUGAGAUUUCUGCUUGUCCAAGCUGCGCAAAUGUGACAGUGGAACUUUCAGCCUCGUUACUUCAAGUAUACCAAGAGCUUGAUUAUACAGUCACAGUGAUAAGAGACAAUGUCAAGGAAAAGCGUGUUGUCAAUACAACCAGACAAGAGAGUUUCCAUACUGUCAUUGGAGAUUUGAGUUUCAAUACAAAUUAUUGUAUUGCUGUUGAUGUGAAAACAAGUCUAAAUAACCAGUGCACUCCGUCUGUCCCAAAAUGCAUUAUCCUCGGCUCCAAUCAUAUACCAGUUUAUCUUACAGGUCAUAUUAUAUUACCAGCAUUGUUUGGCAUAUUAUUGCCGUUGGCAGUAGUACUCACUCUAUUUGUCCUAUAUAAAAUCGGUGUUAUUUGCUUAAGAUGGAGGAAAUGGCCAAGAGUCUUGAGCAUCACACCAAAAUUAGACUAUUUCCUUUUUAAAUCAGAACCGGAAGAAGUACACACCGUCCAGGUCACCCAACAAAGUAAAAAAAAAGUAUGUGGAUACAAUUCCGAUGAAGAGGACAGUGAAAGUGUUGCUGGAAAUGAUGAUUUAUAUGCUGCACGUGUUUUUUUGGGCCAGACUUCAAAGUCCUGCUCGCAGGAGGACAAUGCAGAGCCACCGUCCCUAGACUGCUCAUCCACCACAAGUAAAAUAGCUGACCCCCAGGAUGAUAAAACAGAAAACCUUCUGCUCAUAGGCUGCUCUUCUGCUACAAGUGAAAUGCCUAAACCUGCAGAUGCUGAAGCAGAAAACCUUCAGAAUGAUAUUAGCCCAACAAUUCAAAUACUCCAUCCCUCUCCUGAAGUGGACUCCACUAAUGAGCCAGACCUGGAGUGCAGCAGCUGUUCCAACGUAAACUUAAAUACUGUGGUGCUAGGAAUAUCUGGCAAAAAUGUGAAUGCUUCUGCAACACUAAGCUCUUUUCAAGAGAAGGCUGCGGACUCGAAAGAGUUGUGUGUUUCUGACCCAUUUGAACCAAAACAUUUCACUGAUGUGCUAGAAAUGCAGAACUCUGACAUUCAUAACCUCUCAUGUUCCUGGCAGAAUUCUGAUGGGUCUGGAGAAAGUGAGUCAUCGGAUUCAGAAACAGACUGUGUCGGUGAAUACAUGAGCAGAUGAAUCAAAGAUGAAUAAAAGAAUAGCAUCUUCCUGUACGAUAUGUAUUCCUAUGUCAAGGGACUGGGUGGAUCUUCUAUCUAAUGCUAUCAGUAUUGUACAAGUACAUAUGAAAAUGCAGCACUGUUGUGAAUUCCCACAGCAUUAAUAUC